AGCCCUUGGGAUGGAGAAGAGACGAAUUAUUUGAUACUUUUCAGGAUGGGAAAGGUUACGUUGAAGUAUUCUCAAACCACUCAUCUUUUAUGGAAAGGGCUGUUUGCUCACCCGGAUAUUUCGAAUGUCCAGGGACAAAUUUAUGUUGUACCAAAAAAUGUGGUGCAGUUUGCGAUAGUCAUUGUUGUGAG